AUGGGGGGCCGAGAUGGGCACCGUUUGUGUGGCCGCCUCCCACUGGACGGCGCCGCCACGCUCCCGUCCUUUAUCCUGAAGGUCACUAGGCCGUGUCCUUUCUCAGACUGCCCGGCUGCGGGCCACUCGCACAGACAGGUGGCCCUGGGCUCUUUGUGUGUCAGCGAAGAACACGGGGUGUCCCUGGGCCACAGCGUGUGUGGUGUGUGUCGUGCCGCAGGCCAGCCCGCCCACGCUGGCCGGGACGGUGUGAGGCGACAAGUGGCUGCCAUCCACAAGUCCCAUAAAGAGACCGGAAGGCCCACUGUGUGUUUCCACACCGUGUAUGCCACGAAGUACUUUGAUCGACACAACUCCGUGUUGACGCUCGGCCCGAAUUCGGGAGCCAGCCACGGGCGCGCUCGCUUUGCUGUCUGCGAGUCCGAGGUGCUCACGGCGCCCUGGGGCGGGGGUGGGGGGCGCACGCGCAGGCCCGGGUGUCGGCCCCGCGGGCCGGCUGACCUCUCCCCUCUGCCCUCCGCCCCCAGCCAGCAGCGCUCCAAGUCGGAGAUGCUGUCGCGGAAGAACUUCGCCGCCGGGGUGCCGGCCGUGUCCAUGGACGAGCUGGCCGCCUUCGCCGACUCGUACGGCGCGCGCGCCCGCAGGGCCGACGGCGACAGCCACGAGGCGCGGGCCGGCGGCCGCUUCGAGCGCCCGGAGGCGCACGCCCUCGGCGGCUUCUACCCGGACGACUCGCCCGAGGAGUACUACGGCCCCCGCAGCCGCGGCCGCGAGCCCCUGGGCGACGCGGGCCGCGCCUGGGCGCCCAGCCCCCCGCCGCGCCGGCGGCCGGACGACGCGCCGCUGCCGCGCCUGGUGAGCCGGACGCCGGGCGCCGCGCCCAAGUACGAGCACGCGCCGCGCGCCGCAGGCCUGGAGCGCCAGGCGCGGCCCGAGGGCGCCAGCCGCGGGGGCAGCCUGGAGACGCCGUCGCGCCUCAGCGCGCAGCUCGGCCGCCGCAGCGCCUCCUACUACGCCUGGUCGCCGCCCGGCACCUACAAGGCGGCCUCGCCGCAGAGCGGCGACGACGACGACGACGACGACGACUCGGCCGACGACGCGCUGCCGCCCUACAGCGAGCUCGAGCUGAGCCGGGGCCCGUCCUACCGCGGCCGCGACCUGCCCUACCCCAGCAACUCGGAGAAGAGGCGCAAGAAGGAGCCCGCCAAGAAGCCC